CGUUGCUCAGGAAGAUAUUUGCAGUUUCUCCUCGCAACGGGAUACACCGAAAACCUACACACCUCAUCACAACUGCCACCCCACCUCUUGUCACUGCCGUCACCACCAUGGAUAGACGCACCCCCUACACUCUGAGCGUCCUCGCUCCCAGCGUCGAUGGUGUCGAUGACUCUCGCAGUCAGAUCCAAGCGAAAUUGAGGGAGUUCGUCUUGGAGUUUCAGUUGGAUAAUGCAUUUAUCUAUCGUGACCAAUUGAGACAAAAUGUCUUGGUCAAGCAAUACUAUUGCGACAUUGAUAUUGCACACAUGAUCUCGUACAACGAGGAGCUGGCCCACAAGCUCACCACCGAGCCUGCAAACAUCAUCCCCCUCUUCGAGUCAGCCCUUCAAGAAUGUACUCGACGCAUUGUAUAUCCCUCCCAAAGAGACGUCGAACUCCCACCUCAUCAGCUCUUGCUCCACUCGUCCGCAACACAUAUCUCGAUCCGAGACCUCAACGCUACCAAUAUCUCACAUCUCGUGCGAAUCCCGGGUAUCGUUAUCGGCGCCUCGACGAUAUCGUCCAAAGCUACCCAGAUGCAUCUCCGAUGCAAGAACUGUGGUUAUACCGAAAAUCUUACCGUUGAGGGUGGAUUCGCAGGGAUGCAGCUCCCCAGAAAAUGUGGCCGUGAAAGGCAGCCAGGCGAUCCUGACUCGGAGCCGUGCCCGCUCGACCCAUAUGUUGUUUCGCACGAGAAGUGCCACUUUGUCGAUCAGCAAGUCCUGAAGCUGCAGGAGGCGCCUGAUCAGGUUCCUGUGGGUGAACUUCCUCGCCACGUCCUCAUUUCUGCCGAUCGCUACCUCGCCAACCGAGUUGUACCUGGUUCCCGUUGCACAGUCAUGGGCAUUUUCUCAAUCUAUCAAUCGUCAAAGGGCGGAAAGAAGGACGGAGCAGUCGCCAUCCGCAACCCUUAUCUGCGGGCGGUCGGUAUCAGCACGGAUCUCGACCACACUGCCAAGGGCAAUGCUAUUUUCUCUGAGGAGGAAGAACAAGAGUUUCUGGAGCUCAGUCGUCGUCCCGAUUUGUAUGACGCCUUGGCACGAAGUAUCGCCCCGUCGAUCUACGGAAACUUGGAUAUCAAAAAGGCUAUUGUCUGUCUGCUGAUGGGUGGCUCGAAGAAGAUCCUUCCCGAUGGGAUGAAACUUCGUGGUGAUAUCAACGUCCUCAUGCUUGGUGACCCCGGUACUGCUAAGUCGCAACUACUCAAGUUCACAGAGAAGGUAUCGCCAAUUGCAAUCUAUACCUCCGGUAAGGGUUCGUCCGCGGCGGGUUUGACUGCUUCCGUACAACGUGAUCACGUUACGCGCGAAUUCUACUUGGAAGGAGGUGCCAUGGUGCUCGCCGACGGCGGAGUUGUCUGUAUCGAUGAGUUUGAUAAGAUGAGAGACGAGGAUCGUGUCGCUAUCCACGAAGCCAUGGAACAACAGACCAUCUCGAUCGCCAAGGCCGGUAUCACCACGAUCCUCAACUCCCGGACGUCUGUCUUGGCUGCAGCCAACCCCAUCUUCGGACGUUAUGAUGAUUUGAAGACCCCGGGCGAGAACAUCGAUUUCCAGACUACUAUCUUGUCGCGUUUCGAUAUGAUCUUCAUUGUGCGAGAUGAUCACGAGCGCAGCCGCGACGAAAGCAUCGCCAGACACGUCAUGGGUGUUCACAUGGGCGGACGAGGCAUUGAAGAGCAGAUCGAAGCGGAGAUCCCCUUGGAGAAGAUGAAGCGGUAUAUCAGCUACUGUCGCACCCGUUGCGCACCUCGCCUGUCCGAUGAAGCAGCCGAAAAGUUGUCUUCACACUUUGUCACGAUCCGGAAGCAGGUCCACCGUCACGAAGUCGACGCUGGCACUCGGUCGUCCAUCCCCAUCACCGUUCGUCAACUCGAGGCCAUUGUGCGUAUCACUGAAUCGCUAGCUAAAUUGAGCCUGUCGCCCAUCGCAACGGAGGCUCACGUCGACGAAGCCAUCCGCCUCUUCCUGGCCUCGACCAUGGACGCCGUCAACCAGGGUGAGGGCCAGGGAAGCAAGGAGAUGAUGGAAGAAGCCAGCAAGAUCGAAGACGAAUUGAAGCGCCGUCUCCCCAUCGGCUGGAGCACGAGCCUGGCGACGUUGAAACGCGAGUUCGUCGAAGGCAGAGGAUACACCGAACAAGCCCUCCACCGGGCUCUGGUGGUCAUGCAACGCCGGGAUACCGUUCAGAUCCGCUCGGGUGGAACCCAGGUGUAUCGACACGGUGUGUAAUGUCUCUCUGCUUUUUCUUUUGGCCUCUGGGUCUCUCUCUCUCUCGGUUUGACGUCCAGUGACACGGUCAUGACUGCUUGCUGCUUUUUCUGAUUAUGAAAAUUUCUUUUUGGCGGAAUCUCGUUUACAUACCAAAUUGGGUUUCGGGCACAGCGAGGAUGAACGGUGUACGGCGCAGGUGUUGUUAUUCUCCCAUUCUACGAGAACCCUAUCUAUUUAGAACAAUCAAUAUAACGCACA